AUGUCGAAUUGGGACUACAUCGACGAAGUCGACAUUAUUCCGAAGCUCCCCCCCAAUUUCGACGAACUACGCGAAUCCAAAAAAUGGCAAGAACGAAAAGAGGCGUUGGAGGCACUGCUCAAAGUGCUCACCGAUAACGAGCGUCUUUCCACAAAAGUCUCAUAUGCAGAAUUGAUCGGAAAUGUGCAGACGGUCCUCGCCAAAGAUGCGAACAUCAACUGUCAAGCACUCGCUGCAAGGUGCAUUGGAAAGUUCGCUACCGGCCUUCGCAGCAAGUUCUCCGCAUUCGCCACCCCGCUAUUGCCAGUGAUUUUCGAUAAGAUGAAGGAAAAGAAGCCGAUACUUCGGGAGCCACUUGUCGACUGCGCAAUGGAGGUGGGAAGAACGAUGGUAUCGUUGGAAGCAGGACAGGAAGACAUCCUGGCGGCUUUGGCAAAACCGAACCCACAAAUCAAGCAACAGACAGCGCUUUUCGUGGCGAAGCAGUUGGAUUUGUUGGUUCCGGCAAAGCAACCGAAAGGAUUCAUCAAGGCCGUCGUUCCGAUUCUUGGCAAACUCACCGGAGACGCCGAUCAAGAUGUGAGAGAAGCAUCAUUGCAAGGACUCGGAGCCAUACAGCGAAUUAUUGGAGACAAGAACAUCAAGUCACUGCUCGGCGAUUUGUCAUCAGAUGAAGGAAAAAUGAAGAAAAUUGGAGAGUACGCUGAAAAAUCCGCCGCUGCCUUCGCCGAGGAACAGGCUAAGAAUGCGCCAGCUCCUAGCAGCUCCGCUCCUGCUGCAUCUGCACCAGCAGCGUCUUCCGGAUCAUCAGGUUCCCCUUCAUCAGCCCCCCCAUCAGCCGAACCAGCUGUCGAAGCGGAUCCAUGGGAUUUUCUAGACGCAUUCGACGUUCUUUCAAAAAUGCCGGAUGGUUUUGAUACCAAUCUCGAGAGCAAAAAGUGGCAGGAGAGAAAGGAAGCUCUCGAAGGACUCCUCCAACUACUCACAGCAAACCCGAAGUUGGAUCCCAAAGCCAAUUAUGGCGCAUUGAUUGAGCGACUCCAAAAGGUGCUGGAAAAGGAUGCCAACAUCAAUGUCGCAGCUCUAGCAUCCAACUGCAUUACUGGAAUAGCAAACGGGCUCCGAACGAAAUUCCAAGCAUUCGCUAUUUCAGUGGCUCCAAUCAUUUUUGAAAAGUUCAAAGAGAAGAAACCAAUACUUCGUGAUCCACUCGUCGCUUGUAUUGAUGCUGUCGUUGCCACCUCGAAUCUCGAAGCACUCGGAGAAAUCGUGCUGGCGGCACUCGGAAAGCCAAAUCCUAGCAUCAAAACGCAAACGGAUCUCUUCUUGCAACGAACCUUCAUGAAACUGAACUCCCAGACGAUGCCAAAGAAGACUCUUAAAACACUGGUACCACUUCUCAUAAAGCAUUCGGGAGACUCCGAUUCAGAAGUGAGAGAUGCAUCAUAUGCAGCUAUGGGAGCGAUGAUGAGAGCUAUCGGAGAGAAGCCGUCGCUUCAACUGCUGGCAGAUAUUGUCACCGACAAUUUGAAAAUGGGAAAAAUCAAGGAGUACCAUCAGAAGGCGUUGGCUGAAGCCGGACCAGCCGAGAUUGCAGCAAUGGUUCAGUCAAUUCAUAAAGCAGAUGCUCCACCAACUACUUCUGCUCCACCGAAAAAAGCUGCUCCACCAAAACGGCAAGUUUCGGAAGAAGAGACGACCGAGCAAGAGGAGGAAGAGCCGCUUAAGCUUCCUACGGGCGAGAAGAAAAAGGAAGAGAAAAAGAAAGCUCCAACAAAGGAGAAUGCCGAAAACGAACCACCAGUAGCUCCGAAAUCCGAACUGCUUCUUAACGACAAUGGCGAGAAAGCACAGAGGAUAAAGGAGGAGAAACAGUUGAAGUUGGUCAAAUGGAAUUUCCAAGCUCCAACAGAAGAGCACAUCACUCAGCUUCAAACUCUCCUCGGCAAUCAAGCAAAAGUCUCGCUCAUGAGUCAGCUAUUCCACAAGGACUUCAAACAACAUCUUGCCGCUUUGGAUACUUUGGUGCGCCUCGUUGAUACCUCCCCUCGGUCACUUCUCGCGAACAGUGACCUUCUGUUCAAAUGGUGCACUCUUCGAUUCUUUGAAACGAAUCCUGCUGCUCUGAUCAAAGUGCUGGAAUUAUGCAAGGUUCUGGUGGAGCUGAUUCGUGACACGGAGACACCAAUGUCACAGGAGGAACUGACGUCGUUCGUUCCAUAUUUGUUACUGAAAACUGGUGAACCAAAGGAGAAUAUGCGAACAGCAGUCAGAGAUAUCAUCAAUGUUCUCUCGGAUAUUGUUGGUCCACUCAAGAUGACUCCGAUGCUUCUAGAUGCUCUGAAAUCAAAGAAUGCUCGUCAACGCUCAGAAUGUCUCCUCGUAAUCGAGUCGUACAUUGCAAGCACUGGAAUCAGCCCGCUCAAAGCUCUCACUGUGGAAAAGAUUGUCGCACCGUUUGUUGGAGACAAGGAUGUCAAUGUUCGAAAUGCAGCGAUCAACGUGCUAGUGGCAUGUUUCAGAUUCGAAGGAGAUCAAAUGUGGAAGGCUGCCGGUAGAAUGGCAGAUAAGGACAGGUCGUUGGUAGAAGAGAGAAUUAAACGAUCUGGAGCAAAACCUGGAUCGGGUGUCGCCACAUCACCACCGAAUGGAGGACCGAAAAUUGUUGUUCCACAGCAACAAGGAUCCGUUGUCCGAAGACCUGCUUCUCGCUCGAGAACGCGGGAACCUGAGCCAGAAAAUGACUACAACGAGACCAUCCAAAGCACGACGUUCUCUGCCGGAAUGAAGUCCGGUUCGCGAUAUGCUCUCCGUGAUGACGUUGUCUCUACGGCAUUCAACCGUUUGGCAGAAAAUACGAAUGUUGUCACACCACCACAACCACCGAGUGUAUGGCCGGGAAAUUCUUUCCAGAUGAAAAGAACGAAUUCGUCUUCGUCUAUCUCUUCAAUCGACACUUCUGAUCAAAUCCAACGAAGCAUCAACAAUAUUUCGAGCAGUUUGGCUGAUGUUGCCCAAGAUGCCAUGUAUCAGGUCACAUACGUUCUCAAUCAGCCCGAACAACGGCAUUUGGUGGAUCGAAAAGCAGAUUUGGUGUUCCGUGCUUCUGCAGCCCAGCUCGAUAUGAUCAUUGAAGACUUCAGUGCCGGAAAGGAUGUCACAGGGACGAUGGAAGCUUGCUCCCAAAUGCUUUUCAUUCUUAUGGGCGGAGUCGAAGCAGAACAUGGAUUGGAGCCUUUGAGUGCGUCCCCUGAAACAGUGAAGGCUAUCAUCUCAUCGGUUCUUCGUUGCAUCAUCCAAAUCGGAAGUACGGAUGUUGGAUACGCGAUGGCUCGCUCAUUAAAUCGUCUGGCGAUGCGUCUUGUGUAUCGAGUCGAACUAUCCAAUCUGCUGUGUGGACUGAUUCUGGCAACCAUUGAAUCUAUUCAACAGGACAACGGCAUCACAGAGCUCAUUUCAAAGUUGUCGUCAAAGUGGUGUGAAGAGCUGGAGAAAAGGAGAGCCCAGUUGAGGGCCUCGGACAUCGUGGACGCCUUCAAUAAAUUCUAUGUUUGUGCUCUUGCUGAGAAGAAUAUGGAUAUCAAUGAUGUGAAUGUACUAGUGAUGGACAACUACUUGGAGCGUGUCAUUCUUCAACAAGGAGACGUCGUUCUCGACGCGGCACGUCGCCUCUCUACGCCUCAUAAUCACCUGACUCGAAUGAUCAAUAAGAUACUGCAGACGAUGAAAGAGAGAAAUAUUGCUCCGAUUAUGCCGGGCACUCUUGAAACUCGUGCACCAGAAGAAGACGAUUCAGUUGUUGUGAGAACUGGAGUCCAAGUAUGUGUCAACAACAUUCUCCGAGACUUGAAGAAUACGUCCUCUUACAUCGAACAGCUCAACAAGCACGUGCAAUCAAGUGAUAAAUGCAGGAACGAGUAUUCAGUGCUGGUUAACACGCACACAAUGGGAGAAGCUAUUGAGGAGCUCGUUUCCGAGCAGACUAUCUACGGAGCGCCCAUCUUCAACAAUCCCAAUGUUGUCAACUCAAUGACAGUGUCGUGGAAAGUCAAUGAUCUUCUUGGAAAGAAGGUCGAAGAAACGCCGACAACGCCACCAAAUGCCAGCAGAAUGGAUACAACUUUUGUCGGAACCCCACUCUCUCGUGGAGAAGGAAGCAACACCAUCACUCGUACCCGUGGAAACAUGAUUCGUCCGAAGCAACGCCCGACGAUGAGUCGCGAGCAGCAUGAUGAGCUGAGAAGUCGCUUACAACAAGCCAAGUUCGGAAAAUAA